AUGGCUGGCAACUAUUUUCACAAUAGGCUUGGAAGAAGGCUAGCUACUCUUUGCACUGUAGCCUUAGAAGAAGGGCUAGCAACUCUUUUCACUGUAGCCUUAGAAGAAGGGCUAGCAACUCUUUUCACUGUACUGCCUCCAGUGGCCGAGCUCACGCGGCUGUCUCAGACGCUGAUGCUGGUCCCGAACCUGCACUGGCUCGUCGCCGAAGACGCCGUGGCGCCCACGAGACAAGUCCUCGCCUUCCUGGACUCCUGCAGCGUGCCGCACACCUAUCUCUUGGGGAGGGCGUCGAGGCGGUACAAGGGCGCGAGCAAACCCAGGGGCGUGAGCAACCGCAACGCAGGACUCAAGUGGCUCAAGACGCACGCUUCCGAGGGCGUCAUCUACUUCGCCGACGACGACAACACCUACGACUAUAGGAUCUUCCAGGAGAUCCGGGCGACGCGGCAGGUGUCUAUGUUCCCCGUGGGCCUCGUGACCCGCCUGGGCGUGUCCUCGCCCAUCGUCGCCGAGGGGAAGGUCAUCGGCUUCUACGACGGCUGGAUCGCCGGCCGCAAGUUCCCCGUGGACAUGGCGGGCUUCGCCGUCAACCUCAGGUUCUACCUCGAGAGAAACGCACCUCUGAUGCCUUACAGCGUGGGUUUCGAGGAGGACGGUUUCCUGAAGGCGCUCAACUUCAGCCCCAGCGAUAUCGAGCCGCUAGCCGACAACUGCACCAAGAUCAUGGUGUGGCAUACGAGGACUGUCAAGAGCCUGCCAGCGGUCAAGAUGCCGGAGUCCGACAAGGUCCUGAAGACGAACCUUCGGCACCUCAGGAGUCAGAUGGUUUUCCAGAUGCCUUUCGGGGUAUCCUAG